CUCAGGGUUUAUUUUUGCCUCGCCAGAAAGGAGUGCUCAGUGAGUGGAGCCUUUUUAUGAACGUUUUAUGUUGAUAUUUCAUUUCGACACCAUGUACAAGGUCAGCGAUGUCACAUUUCAUUUUGACACCAUGAACAAGGUCAGUGAUGUCACAUUUCAUUUUGACACCAUGAACAAGGUCAGUGAUGUCACAUUUCAUUUUGACACCAUGAACAAGGUCAGUGAUGUCACAUUUCAUUUUGACACCACGAACAAGGUCAGCGAUGUCACAUUUCAUUUUGACACCAUGAACAAGGUCAGCGAUUUCACAUUUCAUUUUGACACCAUGAACAAGGUCAGUGAUUUCACAUUUCAUUUUGACACCACGAACAAGGUCAGCGAUUUCACAUUUCAUUUUGACACCAUGAACAAGGUCAGUGAUUUCACAUUUCAUUUUGACACCAUGAACAAUGUCAGCGAUUUCACAUUUCAUUUUGACACCAUGAACAAGGUCAGUGAUGUCACAUUUCAUUUUGACACCAUGAACAAGGUCAGUGAUGUCACAUUUCAUUUCGACACCAUGAACCAAUUCAGUGAUGCCUCAACAAGAAUAAGGAAAGUCUACUUUUAAUUCAUUGAUUUACAUUUUCAUAACCACUGUGCAGAAACAGUGUGCAGUAACAUUUUGUAGUGAUGCUGUGCUUUUUAAAAAAUUCUGCAGUAACAUUAUAUUAUAAAUAUUAAUUUGAGCAGUAAUAUUGUGUAGUAACAUUGUGCAGCACCAUGUAGUACCUUUGUGCAGUACCAUUGUGAAGUAACAUUGAACAAGUAGUACCAUUGCAAUAUCCAUAAAUUAUCACAAGUUAUUACAUUCUGCUUUAUCAAGUGUAACUCCAAAUUAAAUGUCAUCAUAUUUUGUACACACUGUAUUAUGUCAGUUAAAAGAUGUGGCAAAUAUUGCUUGCCAUCAUCAAAUUUAGCAUUGAAAUCUUUUGAUUGUGGGGAUCAGUUUUCUCAAAAUACUUUUCUUUUCAGGAUAUGCAUUUUGGGAGACCGCCUGAUGAGGUAUGCUCUAGUGCAUGCCAACACCACCUGGGAGUGCCAUAAAAAUGAAUCGGGUCCAAUAUACCAAGCCUACUGCAAGGAGGUGAACGACACGGAUGUGUGUGAUCCAUUUUUUAUAGCCAACGAGGCCAGGCUUAUACCGGGGAUUCCUGGCUUUAGCUAUCUUACGCUCAUGGGUAUUAUUAGAUAUGUUUGUUGCACAGUAAUCUUGUUUCUGUUAUUUGAUGUGUCUGGUCUUUCUUGAAAUCUGGACAAUAUACUAUACGAGUCCAGUUGUGGAUGCUAUUGGAUGAUGUAUGUUUUUAAAGAAUUUCUGUCUGCUCACAUAUCCAUCUUGUGGAGCAUUAUUGCUUUUGUUUGCACACGUGACAUGUUAAGAAUUUCUUGUGCAGCGCUCACCUGGUGAACGGCUAUAAAAGAACACUGGGUUGACGGAGGCCGGUUGACAUUUUCGCUCAAGUUAUGGUGGUUGAAAAUGUCUGCUUUGUUGGGUGAAUGGGUGGUUGGGUGAGCUCAGAUUUAUGCCUAGGUAAAGAGUUUAACAAGUAAAAAAUUCUAAUUUUUUCCAUAAUUGAAAGAUUACAAUUUUAACACUAAAAAGUAACAAAUAUAAACAGUAAGAAAACUUUUUGUAAAAGACUUUCUAUUAAAGACCAAUUCAAACGCACUAAAACUAGAUAAUAAUUUAAAGUUUCUGAAAAUGCAUUAUACAAAGGAGGUCAAUGUAGAAAAUUUUUUCAAAAAUAAAUAAACCAUUUAAAUUUCAUUUACAUUCCCUUCGAAUCCUUGAGCUUCAUAAAGUGCUCAUCUACACUUCUGCAGUCUUUCUUUGUUUUCAUAAAGUGCUCAUCUACAAUUCUGCAGUCUUUCUUUGUUUUCAUAAAGUGCUCAUCUACAAUUCUGCAGUCUUUCUUUGUUUUCAUAAAGUGCUCAUCUACAAUUCUGCAGUCUUUCUUUGCAUAACGCAUUUUAAGAAAUUUUAAAUUGGUUUCUACUUUUUAGUGCGUUUUAACUUGUCUUUCAUAGAAAAUAUUUUUUUAAAAAUGUUUUAGACUAGAGAACAUAUGAAGAUUAACAGGUGACUAACAUGUCCCGAGGAUCUAUUAUAACCAUUUAAUGCACACCGUGACUAUUCAUUGUGCUGUAGAUAAACCUCACGAUCCUAAUCCAAUAUCGUCUGGAAGGGUGUUCAAGUUAAAUCAUCUUCUAAAGUAAUAUUGAAAUCUUUACCACUUAAUCUGAACAUAGAAAAUUUUAUAUUUCAAAGCCAGAAAAAAAUGAAAGAACCAAAAAAAAAACAAUUGAUUUGUUUAUAACAGUGUGUCAGUUUUCUCAAGCUCCAACUCCCUUAUAAGGGGGAGGGAAUCUUACUGAAGGCUUUAUUACGAAGACAUAAAACAUUUACCAAAUAUUGAACUUGAAUUUUAGAUUCCUUGUAUAACCACUAUACUCAGCGUGGGAACAUACCUGGCACCAAUGUUGCCUCCAGUCCACAAAGGGAGCUGGUUAGUGACCUGAC